ACCAAUUCUUGCUGCAUCAUUUGGUACAUCAUCAGAAAAUUGUGAUUCCGGUGAAUCUGAGGCAAUGGCAAAUGAUACAUCUGCCAACCGGAUUCGUGAAAUUUUCUGCAAAGCAAAGGAUCAUCACCAGCAGUGCCACUACCACUCAUAUGCGGAACUCAAGUUCACCAUAUGGGCUAUUCUCUUCAUCAUGAUCUUUUCUCAUGCAGAGGCAUUUGAUCCACUGGAUCCAUUUGGAAACAUAACGAUAAAAUGGGAUGUAAUGUCUUGGACCCCAGAUGGUUAUGUGGCCGCAGUUACAAUGAACAACUUUCAACUGUAUCGGCCCAUCAUGAGCCCUGGGUGGACCUUAGGAUGGGCAUGGGCUAAAAAAGAAGUGAUUUGGACCAUGGUGGGAGCUCAAACUACAGAACAAGGAGAUUGUUCCAAGUUCAAAGGAGGCGUACCUCACUGUUGUAAAAGAGAUCCCACAGUUGUUGACUUGCUUCCUGGAGUCCCUUACAACCAACAAUUCUCCAACUGCUGCAAGGGUGGCGUGGUGGCGUCGUGGGGACAAGAUCCUACGGGUGCAGUCUCUGCCUUUCAGGUGAGUGUUGGUCUGGCCGGCACUUCCAAUAAAACAGUGAAACUGCCCAAGAAUUUCACUUUGCUCGGUCCAGGACCAGGGUACACUUGUGGCCCUGCAAAGAUUGUGCCAUCCACAGUCUUCCUUACAGCCGAUCGUAGGCGACGAACUCAAGCACAGAUGACAUGGAACGUAACAUGCACUUACUCACAGUUUUUGGUAGCCAAGAACCCAAAUUGCUGUGUUUCCUUUUCAUCUUUCUACAAUUCUACCAUCACUCCCUGCCCAUCUUGUUCUUGUGGUUGCCAAAACAAAAAAGACUGCAUCAUGAGUGACUCAGAACGAUUGAAGAAGGUGGGAAUAAACACUCCAAGAAAGGAUAAUGCCCCACUGUUGCAGUGCACUCGUCAUAUGUGCCCAGUACGUGUACAUUGGCACGUGAAGCUCAAUUAUAAGGACUACUGGCGUGUGAAGGUCGCCGUCACAAACUUUAAUUACAGGAGAAACUACUCGCAGUGGACGCUCGUGGCACAGCAUCCCAAUCUCAACAAUGUGACUCAAGUUUUUAGCUUUGAUUACAAGCCUCUUGUGCCCUACCAAUCCAUAAAUGACACUGGUAUGUUCUAUGGCAUGAAAUUCUACAAUGACCUUUUGAUGGAAGCUGGACCUUCAGGAAAUGUCCAGUCUGAGAUACUUCUUCAGAAGGACCAGGACACAUUUUCAUUCAAGCAGGGAUGGGCAUUCCCUCGGAAAGUUUACUUUAAUGGAGAUGAAUGCAAGCUUCCCCCUCCUGAUCAAUACCCACAUCUACCAAAUUCUGCUCCUGCAAAUCCAAAAGCAUUAUCAACAAUGGUAGCUUUUGUGCUUUUGAUAAUAAUGUUUUUUAGCUGAUCAUAAUCCUAUUGGAGAGGAAGAGUUUUGGAAAUUUUAGUGGCAGAACAAAGCAGGUUUGCUAUAGGGCUGUGCCAUGUUUGACGAGAAGAGUGUAUCACCAAAACUUCUUUAUGAGAACUUAAAGAGUUUGUAAGGCAUAGUUACAUAAACAUUCAACGUAAGACAGUUACGAGUUUGUGAAUAAAUAAAUUGGGCUCAGUAUUGCAUACUGAAAUGCUUUAUAGCUUACUGAGGUGCUCAUAGCGCAACAUAGUAUAUCAAGUCCUUUUAUUUGUAUCUAUAUUUUCCAAAAUUUGAAGAUUUCUUCAUUA